AUGGAGCAGAUUGAAAAUGCAAAUCUAUAUACUGAGAAAGGAGUCUUGGAAAAGAUAAAGCUUUGCCUUUCUAAGAAACCGCUGCCAUCUGCUACAGACCGAAAGAAGUUUGACUACGACUUUGCUGUUUCCACCUCCUUCCACGGGGUGCACAAUAUUGUUCACAAUCGGAGCAAAAUACGAAAGGCGAUCUGGUUGCUGGUGGUGCUGGGCUCGGUCUCACUCGUAGUGUGGCAGAUACACAGUCGCUUGGUCAACUACUUCACGUGGCCGACCACAACAUCUGUGGAAGUUCAAUACGUGGAGAAGAUAGAGUUCCCAGCUGUGACGUUUUGCAAUUUGAACAGGUUUCAAGCAGAUCCUGCGACCAAAUUUAGUGUUAUUUUUUUCUUGUGGAAUAUUGUAUCCAAAGUCCUCCAUCUUCAGGAAAUCAAGGCCAAUUCCACUGACUCAAAAGAGGCUAUUGAUUUUCUCACAAGUCACCAAAACUUCAGCAUUACAGAUUUUGUCAAAGAAAAUGGUUUUUACCUCAACAACACCACUUUGUUGGAAUGUGACUUUUUUGGAAAACAAUGCAGCCCAAAGGAUUUUGCACACAUCUUCACUGAAUAUGGAAAUUGUUUUACUUUUAAUCAUGGUGAAAAUAUUGAAGCAAGAAAAACAGUGAGUGUGUCAGGACGAGGCUUAAAAUUACUCUUCAAUGUCAACCAGGAGGAAUUCACCGAUGACCCAUCCCUUGGCUUUGUUGAUGCAGGGAUCAUCUUUGUUAUCCAUUCACCAAAGAAGGUGCCACAGUUUGAUGGUUUAGGUCUUUCUUCACCUGUGGGAACACACUCAUGGGUGACUAUCAGCCAAGUGAAGACAGUUCACCAGGAAUAUCCUUGGGGAGAAUGCAAUCCUAACAUCAAGUUGCAGAAUUUUUGUAGCUACAGCACAUCUGGUUGUUUGAAGGAAUGCAAAGCACGACACAUAGAAGAGCAAUGUGGAUGCUUGCCUUUCCUGCUGCCUGGAAAUGGGAUAGAGUGUGACCUACAAAAGUUUUACAACUGUGUUUCUCCUGUACUUGACUACAUUGAAGCUAAAGAAUUAUGUACAGUGGGAACACAUAAUUCUACCUGCCCUGUUCCUUGUGAAGAAACAGAAUAUCCUGCUACCAUCUCUUAUUCCACUUUUCCAAGUCAAAAGUCUUUGGCAUACUUUUCUAAAAAGUUGAAUCAAAGCCAGGAGUUUAUCAGGGAAAAUCUUGUUUACAUUGAAAUAAACUAUAAUGAUUUAAACUACAAGAUAACACAGCAGCAAAAAGCAGUGAGUGUAUCUGAGUUACUUGCAGAUGUUGGUGGUCAACUGGGUCUCUUUUGUGGGGCCAGCCUGAUAACAAUUAUAGAAAUUAUUGAGUAUAUAUUCACCAAUUUCUACUGGAUUUGCAUUUUGCUUUUGCUGAAGAUAUCUGAAAUGACCAAAUGGGCUCCUCAAACUCAGAACCAGCUAAAGGGCAAAGAAAUAAUACAAGAAUGCUAA